UGCAUUUUUAAGACCUAAACUGGGGAAACAAUAUGAAGCUUCCUGUGUGUCUUUUGAAAGAGUUUUAGUAGAGAACAAGCUGCAUGGCCUUUCUCCAGCUCUUUCUGAAGCCAUCCAGAGCAUUUCUCGCUGGGAACUUGUCCAAGCUGCGCUCCCGCAUGUGCUGCACUGUACUGCAACAUUGCUCUCCAACCGAAAUAAGCUAGGACAUCAGGAUAAGCUUGGAGUAGCUGAAACAAAGCUUCUUCACACUCUUCACUGGAUGCUUCUGGAGGCCCCUCAGGACUGCAGCAAUGACCGAUUUGGAGGAGACAGAGGCUCUAGUUGGGGAGGGAGCAGUAGCGCCUUUAUCCACCAGGCUGAAAACCAGGGAUCACCAGGACAUCCCCGGCCCAGCACCACGAAUGAUGAGGAGGAGACUAACAGAAGGAAGUUCUUCCAAAACUCCAUGGCCACAGUGGAGCUUUUUGUGUUCCUUUUUGCUCCCCUUGUCCACAGGAUUAAAGAGUCUGACCUGACAUUUCGGUUGGCCAGUGGCCUUGUUAUUUGGCAGCCUAUGUGGGAACACAGACAGCCUGAAGUUUCUGCCUUCAACGCCCUUGUAAAACCAAUCAGGAACAUCGUUACAGCUAAGAGAAGUUCUCCUACCAACAAUCAGAGCAUGACUUGUGAAUCCCCCAAUCUGGACAGUGGACAUACUGAGGGACUACAGGUGGUCUGUGAGACAACCCAGCCAGAUUCUGUACCUCCAAAGGCCACUGUUUCAGCAUGUCACCGUGGAAAUUCCUUGGAUGGAAGCGUAUCCUCCCAAACCUCUCAGGAGAGAGGUACUGCACAUCCCAGGGUGUCCUUGGUGAUCCCACCAUGCCAGAAGUCUCGCUAUGCCACUUACUUUGAUGUGGCAGUGCUGCGCUGCCUGCUGCAGCCACAUUGGUCUGAGGAGGGCACGCAGUGGUCACUAAUGUACUACCUGCAGAGGCUGAGGCAUAUGCUACAGGAAAAGCCGGAGAAACCACCUGAGCCAGAGAUCACCCCGUUACCAAGACCUCGCAGCAGCUCCAUGGUGGCUGCUGCACCCUCUCUGGUGAAUACCCACAAAACUCAGGAUCUUACAAUGAAAUGUAAUGAGGAAGAAAAAUCACUAAGCACAGAGGCAUUUUCCAAGGUUUCACUGACCAACCUGCGUAGACCAGCAGUUCCAGAUCUCUCCACAGACCUGGGGAUGAACAUCUUCAAAAAGUUUAAGAGCCGCAAAGAGGACAGGGAGCGUGAGCGCAAAGGGUCAAUUCCUUUCCACCAUACUGGGAAGAAGCGGCAACGAAGGAUGGGGGUGCCCUUCCUCCUCCAUGAGGAUCAUUUGGAUGUCUCGCCCACUCGCAGCACUUUCUCCUUUGGCAGUUUCUCUGGAAUCGGAGAGGACCGGCGUGGCAUUGAGAGAGGAGGAUGGCAAACUGCCAUAUUAGGAAAGUUUACCAGACGGGGGAGCUCUGACACAGCAACGGAGAUGGAGAGCCUGAGCGCUAGGCAUUCGCACUCCCAUCACACGCUGGUCUCUGAUCUGCCGGACCACUCAAACAGCCAUGGAGAGAACACAGUCAAAGAAG